UCUUUCAGACUUUCCUUGGACAUCAGAAUCAAAAUCUAGAGACCCAACUCCGGCUGCGUGGCCUCACCAAUUCCACUCAGUGCUCUUCAUGACCAACAGCGGCACCCUCCAACCGCCGCAACUUCAACUUUAUCCAGAACCAGCUGACCGGGCAAGCUGCCAAGCUCACUUUCGACCUGGAGUGAGCUAACGUUAAUGGCACCUCCUUUAUCUGCACUCGGGUUAUCCAUUUCCCUAUGGGUAUUCUCCGCCCCAACUGUUACCGACACACUGCCUUGUUCGAAGAUUGGAGCUGGAAGAUAAGACGACAACUCAGUCUCUCUGAUUCGGUCUAAUCUCCGAGCCGACGCCGCAUCUCUGGAAUUGCAACCGCCAUGGGACAGGUCUUAGACAGAUUGCAAGGGAAGCAGUGGAGGCAAAAGCAAGUGAGGAAAAUAACGGAUAGGGUGUUUGACCGUCUUACAAAUCAAUCAGAAAAGGCUAAGCUGACGAUCGAAGAUUUAUACAUCGCUGUCCUGCUUGUGUACAAUGAUAUCAAUAAGCGUUUACCAGGACCCCAUUAUGAUCCCCCCUCCAAAGAGCAAGUCCAAGCUAUGAUUGAGUUUAGUGAUUUUAACCUUGAUGGAGAAAUUGAUCGGGAGGAAUUUGUGAGGUUUGUCCAGGAGCUGACAACUGACACACUCAUUGGUGUUAGUCAGGGACUUAUCCUCACUUUGGUUGUGGCACCAGCCAUUGCAAUGGCAACAAAAAAGGCUACUGAGGGUGUCCCGGGAGUUGGGAAGGUGGUGCAGAAGAUACCCAAUUCAAUUUAUGCAUCCCUCGUGACUCUUGCACUUGUGUUGUUUGAACAAUCCCGGGAGGUCGACGAUUCGGAAUAGAACUGAGUUUAUCUUAUCAAUAUUGUACAUGUGAUCACUGGUAUUUAGUUUUAUCUUAUUUGUAGAUUGGGAUGUUCCAUCUGAUAUUAUCCAAGGGAUUGAAAUUUAUCUUUUUAUAUGCAAGCUGAUUGCGAAACUUUUUGUAGCUCAAAA